AUGAAUAAGAAACCGCAAUUUCCCAUACACACGAACUUUCUGCAGGGUCCUUCUAGGAAGACGUAUCUGACCAAUCUGACCAACCAUUUCGAAAUAAACAUUACGGCAAAACAACUAUGGGAGUACGAUAUCUUGAACUUAGACAAGAGAGACCAGACGAAGAAGAAAAUUCAUGUGCUCUGUUACGCGUACUGCCGAGCCACGACAAGAGUAUCCUACGCCACUCCCGCAUAUUAUGCAGACCGUCUAUGUGAACGCGGCCGUCUCUACAUGCCGAAUGUUCUCAACGGGAAUAAGGAAGCCAACACAACUACUUUACAGAACGCUAAGAACGGGGAAGUUCAGCGGCUUGAAAACGCAAGAAAUGCACAGUUUCGCCCGAACAACGCUGUUGACUACGAUUACGAAGUUCACGGCGCAAAGAGUCAAGAGGAGGCUGAUCAGGAGAAACAAGACCUCAGCACUCUUGACGACUUCAUGCGCGCACAGGCCUUGACAUUUGCGCAAGCGGAGUUUUAUGCGCACAAAAUAGAUGCGUACAACAACAUUGAUAUGACCGGCAACCUUUGGCCGGAUUCGAGUGGAUAG